GACCUUGGCAGAGCGGUGGACUGCACAUGUGAUGCCCGUGACAGCAUGUACAGCACGAUGAGUGGAGGUCCACGUGAACGCUAUCCUUUGCCCAUUAUUGCCUGGUGUUUUCUGAUUUUCAGUGGUCUGUCUUCAACACAUGCUACUAUUACGUUUACCUGGACGCCAAGUGUGGUGAAUCUGCCGGAAAACAGUGCGAACCUAGUAAUCGUGGCAAACAUUAAUAUCACUUCUGACACGCCAAACAUUAACAGCGUUGUGCUCACUGUGACACCACCAGGGCCCUUUCUGUUAAUUGAUAACACGCCUUCUCCACCAGGAUCGAGCUUCAUCGGACAGGUGAUCCUCAACAGUCCCAGUGGUGGUUAUCUGGACUAUGAAACAGUGAAUCUAUACAAACUGACUGUGUCAGCUCAGGAAUUAUUAGGAACACCGGUGACCUCCAGCAUCUAUAUCAAUGUGGCAGAUGUCAAUGAGGCCCCAACAUGCAAUGGCGUCUUCUCAGCACCAGGAGCUACGAUUCGCGUUCGAGAGGAUGAACAACCCAACGCGGUCAUCUAUCGGGUGCCAGCCACUGACCAGGAUGCCGGUGACACGUUAACUUUCACCUGGUUAUCAGUCGUUCCAGCAAGUGGUGCUACACGGCUACAAUUUAAUAAGCUCAACGGUGUUAUCAGGGUCCCAGCCACUGGCUUCGACUAUGAAGUCGACAAGAAUUAUUUGCUGCAAAUUUUUGUCAAUGACUCAAAGGGCCUCUCAUGCAAUGGAUCUGUGUCAAUAAUCAUUAUGGAUUCAAAAGAUGAACCACCAGGAUUCACGGGUCCGGCUUCAACGACAAUUACAAUCUCGGAAGAGCUGCCUCAAGAUACCUUGGUCACAACCUUUACAUCCAAUGACACCACGGUUUAUUUCGAGCUGGUGUCCCCUGCGGAGGGAUUUUAUAUAGAAUCGGCCACAGGAAAGUUGAAAACAGCCUAUCAGCUGGACGUGGACAACAAUCCUCUGCUCCUGAUUAAUUAUAUCGUGGUCAGGGUGACAAACUAUAUUUCCAAACGCAGUGCUACAUUCAAUCUCAGAGUGAAUGUGACGGACCAGAAUGAUAACCCACCCGUCUGCACGUUUUACAAUCACAUAUAUACGAUUUCAGAAGGCGCUGCUAUUGGUACAAGUAUCACCACACUAAGCUGUCGGGACCACGAUUACACAUCCACCAACAAUGCUCUGACGUAUAAACUGAUUCCUGAUGCAAACGCUAAAUUCCGCUUUGCACUGAAUGGUUCGACUCUUCAGAUUUUGGCAAAUUUGGAAUACGAUUCAUUUGCACUUUCAGUUGUGGACUUCCAGUACACAUUGGUGAUUGAAGUUAAAGACAUUUCACACACAACUAAUGUGACGGUCAUGGUGGUAUUGACACCAGUGAAUGAAUUUGAUCCGAGUUGCAACAUCUUACCACCUUUUUCAAUCAGCGAGGACAGUCCCGUAGGGGCCCUCAUCGAUGCUCCUGUAUGCUGGGAUUUCGACUACCCGUUAAACAAUCUGAGAUAUUCCAUUAUCAGUGGCAACACGGACAUACCCACGCCUUUUUACAUCAACCCCAAAAAUGGACAAAUAAAAGUAUUGAAUAAACUUGACAGGGAAAAGAAAAGUGUCUACCCUAUGACUGUUCAGGUUGUGGAUUUGAACAAUGACAUAGCAGCAGACCCGUUGAAUCAGAGAACUUCAACUGUUGCGUUCAAUAUAUUUGUUACGAAUGUAAAUGAUGAACCACCGGUGUGCACACCUGCAUUCUAUGAGCAAACCAUCUACUCCACACUGGCUGCCUUGCAGUCGGUCGUACAGAUGCAAUGCAGUGACUUGGACUCAUCAGCACUUGACCUUACAUACACAAUCAUAGGAGGUAACACAAACGGCCGCUUUGUGCUGUCAAAUGCAUGGCCACCGGCAAUAUUGACUCGUUCGACAUUCAGUUAUUUUACUCUGGGUGGCGUCACUGACCCCAAAGACUUCCAGCUGCUGGUGUUGAUUGAAGAUGAGGCCACUAAGGCAGACAAGACGAGGAGGCUCAGCAGCACCGCCACCAUCCUCAUCCAUGUAGUGCCCUGGACCACAACCGUCCCCACCCCUGCCACGGUCCUUACAACGAAAAUCAUCAAUGUAGUUGAUACAUAUUGGAAGCCAGAUACUUGGUUUAUUGCCGUAAUGGUCAUUGCUGGACUUCUGCUCCUACUUACCAUCGCUCUGAUUUCAUUUUACUGUUGGAAAAGCAUGCCCUGCUGUUGGAAGUGCUGCAAGCCCUCUCAACCCGUGGAUGAGAAACCCCUACUGGAGGCUAACAAGAUGGAAGAACUUAACAACAAACCAGAAGAUCCACCUCGUAAAACACAAAAAGAUCCAAUCAACUCUGAAAGAACAAGAGAAACGCCUCCACCUUCAUACGGGUUUGAUGGCAGAGCAGAAGAUCCAACUUCAGGAAGAGAAUACGUUUUCAACUCUGCAACUGGAGAACGGCGCUGGCUUUAACGUUUAACUGGAAAAAAAGUGAUCACAUUCAUAGAUGGAUAACAUAUGGAUUUUAAUCUUUGUUGUGCCUAAUCAUCAUUGAGUUGUAUAAUCGCAGUGCCUUGUAUUUAUUGAAUUACAUGCUUGCAUAGCUGCGUUUUUUGUCAUAAUUAAAAAAAAUGUUUGCACAUGGAAGAACCUCCACUAGCUCUAGAAGGUGUUUGGUCUACUCUUCAACAUUGACCUGAUGUAUAGAAGAAAUGGGAAUACACAUUUUACUCCACCACCUACAACCUACCAGUCAGGUAAAACGUCAAUCUCUUUUUUUCAGUGUCAAAUUAUAAACCCGAUAAUAGGUUUUUCCCCUUUUUUUCUGGCAACAAAACAGGUGUUAAGAUGUUAAAACACCAAACUGAAACCUUUUACAAGGAAUCAUGUCUGCAUUAACCACAACACUUGUGGUCAGAAUGAAAACAACAAAAAAACAUACUAUGAUAAAAUAUGCAUUGUCCUUGAAACUGAUUGGUCCACACCAGAGACAGCUUUCUUUCGAGCCUCGUCUCAAACGGUGUUAGACCAGAGGACGCCAAUCAGUUUCAAGGACAAUGCAUAUAUUAUCGGAGUAUGUUUUUUUUGCGUUCUCACCACAAGUGUAAAAGGUUUAAGUUUGGUGUUUUGUUGCCAGACAAAAAGGGGAAAAACCUAUUAUCAAAAAUUGUUUAGUUUUACAUAAAGCGUGGGUAGUGGCGAGGUAAAGCGUGGGUCGUGGUGAGGAUGGCUGUCUCGGGCUCCCUCUAGUGGAGGCGAUUUGCCAGUAGUGUUGAGCGACUUUUUGCAGAGCUGGACUUUAAUCUUGAUAUGUUUAAAUUUCGAUUUAAAGCUUUCGUGACUGCAGUGAUUCAUCUUCUUGGUUCUUUCGGUAAAGUCACGUAGAAGGGAAGUAAUAAAAUAAUAAAAAUAAAACAUAAUAAAACAAUUCUCACGACGUUUUAUUAUGUUUUAUUUUUAUUAUUUUAUUACUUCCCUUCUACGUGACUUUACCGAAAGAACCAAGAAGUUGAUAUGUUUAAUUAACGUGUUAUUUAGCGUAUUGGU